AACAUAUGUGACGGUUGUUGGUAAUGACUCUCGGUUUGUCUUGGAGGCGUCAAAGUUUCUCAGGACUUUGAUAACUGCACGUGACGUUAUUUUUUAAAGUAGCCUUUAUUUUAGUCAAAUAAACUUUCCCAGCACACCACUUCUUUGAUACGAAUUGAGUUGUUAGAGUAGAGGGUAGAAACGUUAUUAUGUAGCGGAAGAAGACUUCUCAUAUUUCGCUCCGAGCAGGCUGCGGUCCUCCUUAAACACAGGGGCUUUUACUUUGAAACCAACUUUCCCAGACGCUCGCGUGGAGCUGCGCGUUCCCCAGAGAGGGGCGGCCGGGCUCGAGGCGGCCUGUCGAUCACUGUGACGAAGAAAAUGACCGUAUGAGGGGGUCACCUGUGCAGCAUAGGUACCUUUUUAAAGCAGCAGCUUGUGUUUAGCCAACUGUUGAACAUUUUUCUUUAGCCAAGUUACCGCGCUGCUGCAUCUUCAGGACCACCGGCUGUCCAGUGUUCGUGUGGAGAUUCAUCAGCUUGCAAGCCCACGGGAUGUGUUUGCGAUAAAUGACUUUAAAGAGACUUCAGUGGACUGCACUCGACCGGGAAUGUGAAUCAUGGCCUGGCGAGUGCGGUCAAAAGUCUGCUGUGGUCCAAAAUGGCUCCUCCUCCUCUCCCCCGUCUUCCUCCUCUUCCUCACAAUCUCUGUGAUGAUAAUGACCCUCCCCAUUCCUUUGCCACCCGCUGACAUUGACCGACGGUCGUCCCGUGCUCUUAGCUCCGCCGGGGGGUUCAGAUCCAGACCCAGUGACAUGGUGCACCCUCCAGCUGAUGCCUUCCAGCGGCCGCUCGCUCACAUCCACCGUGUGGCCUCAAGCGCUUGGAACGAGAUAUCUAAACAUUCAGUGGCACCUAAACCUUUCAGGGACGCUGCUGGCGAUGACGAAAACAGCAUCAAAGAGAGACAUCGUGCAGACUUACACAAAAAUAAACACCGAAGCAAAGGCACCGCUUCCAAAAGGAAGGAGGUGGCAGGCGCCAUCCAGAAUCCAACCAGUCAUCACCAUCCCAAUCUCCGAGCGUUUACAGUCAACAACACAGGGCCAAAGCAUAGAAUUAAGCCAAGCAACCACAGUGCUGUGGCAAAGCACUCUGUGCAGGCAUACACUCAUCUUGAAAGGAGCAAAUCCAAAACAGCACAUAUUCCUGCUCCAGCAGAUACCCCCAUAAGUGACAGGCGAGCUGCAGACAGACAUGCAGGCAGAUGGGAGAUAGAUAGACACACAAACAAAAGUGUAGACACACAAAUACAUGACAGCCAUACCAGUGCAAAGAUAACCGAACAACGCCAGACUUUGAAAAGACACAAACCGCACUCUGGGAAAUCUGACAAAGUCAGUAAGGAGCAGCAGGCUGUGAAAAAGCCUUUCAGGGAUCUUAAACUCCAUAAUCUCUGGGAGGAUCCCUCUGAAGUGCAGAAGAAUCCUGGGUUGUUGGACCAUAGAAAGGCUUUGUCCAAACCUGAGGCAGCCAUAAAGAAAGACGACAGCAGCUUGUGUCUGAGCUUUACAGAGCAGGACUUCCCGGACAGUGACCACAGGAGGAUCAGGAUUAGUCCAGAUCUCCAGCCUGUUCCCUGGCUGAGCGAGGACGACAUCCAGAAGAUGCUGCUCCUUGCUGGGGGUGAGGUGGUCAGCAAGACCAAAGUGCCUGCACAUGGACGGGUGCUCCAAGUGGCGCUGGAUCCUUUGGCAGAACAGAGGCAGCCAUCACUGAAGAGGGAUUCACCUCAACAAGGAACAGGCCACAGACAUCCAGAAAGCCACAGUGAGCGCUGCCAGCAGGGGCACUGCUCCCUGGUCAAGCGCACAGAUGACUGGUUUGAAGUGUUUGCCUUCCAUCUGGACAGAGUGCUGGGACUCAACAGAAGUCUCCCCACGGUGCUGAGGACUUUCUACAGUGAGAUUUUACCAUAUCGAUACAUCAGCGGCGUCCCCAGACCGGUCGUGUGGUGGGAUCCUGAUAUUCAGCACCUUGCGGAUAGAGACAAUGAUCAGAACUCAGUACCGCUCAGCUGGGUCAAGUACCAAAAGCUUCUGCAAGUCCACUGUGGGAGUGAAGCAGAUCUGAGGUCAGUGCCCUGUGUGGGAAUUCACCAUUCAGAGUGGGGGAGACUGGCUCUCUUUGACUUCUUAUUGCAGGUCAAUGACCGGCUUGACAGGUACUGCUGUGGUUUCACCCCUGAUCCAACAGAACUGUGUGUGGAGAACCUGCUGUACACCAAGUGUGGCAACAUCAAGGAUCUGCUGCUGGUCCACAUCCUGGUGAGGAAGGCAGAUCCCUCCAGACUGGUGUUCAUAGAUAACGCUGGCAGACCAAAACAGUCUGCUGACAACCUCAACUUCAGGCUGGUUGAGGGCAUUGAUGAGUUUCCAGAGAGAGCAGUGUCAGUGCUCCAGUCAGGCUGUCUGGAGAGUCUGCUUCUGCGCUCUCUUUACACAGACAGGGAAUUCUGGGACAGCCAAGGCGGGGCCAGCGGUCUCAGGCCUCUUAUCCAUACUGUGGAGCACAGAGGGAAUAUUCUCCUGCAGCACAUCAAGGACAAGAAUAUACAGGUCAAGAGGGACCUGUGACUGAGCUGACUGGACAGAGCGGAAAUAAAAAUUACACUUUAUUAAAUUAAUUAAAUAACUUCAUUCGUCACACUGAUUGUCAAGAUGACAUUUCUUGAGUGUAAUCCAAAAGAAAUCUUUGGUGGUGCUGCAUGAGCAGAAACUUAAGGAGAUGAAAUGGUUCAGAAAAUUUGAAGCAUAGCAACAACAAGUUUGGGUGUCAAAAAAAAGAAAAACUUUUUUUUAUUAGGGAUUGCGAAUAAUGCAAUAAGUAAAUAUUAAGCUGUUUGUAACUGACCAGCUAACUGGCCCACAGUGUAUGCUUUCCACUUGCUAACUUCGGGUUAGCAUGCUGUGUGUCAGAAUGCCAUCAGCCUUGCCCCUGUGGGCCUCGUAGAACAUGAUGAUCCCUGCUUUAGGCAAGUUUAGAUUUGAAAUGAUUUGAUGAAAUAUUUGCAAAGAAUUCUCUGUAGACAGAGAACCAAUGACAGGUUAAUGCAUAGACAGAGGACUCUGGAACCAGAACAUUACAUCAUGGAACCUCUGGCAUUAUUGAUCGUACACCAUACAGAGGGUAAAAUAUGAUGAUUAUUGCACAUUUGGCAGUGCUGAUAACCUGUGCCUAAUGACUUUAUUAAUGGUUAAUGAAUCAUUUACUAAUUAUUUUCUAAGAACAACUUUGGGUUGUACAAAGUCUUUGUCUGGUUUCAUUAACAGUCAAGUCAUUAAAUGUUCAUGAAUGUCUCAAUAAGCCAUUAAUCAGAGUAAAUAAACCAUCACUCCGCAGUCACAAAUGUUAAUAAAGGUUCACCGCAUUGUAUUAUACGUGAGCCAUUAGCAACGUAUUUACCAAGAAAGUCAGUGGUGGAAUGGAGGAGUCUUUAUAAUGAAUGGGAGCUGUAGAGUGAAAGCAAAAAAGACAAAGGAGCUGUCGUGUUGGAAGAGGAGAAGCACCAGCCAUGACGGGAGAACUUAGAAAUUGUUCUUAAAGGACCGUCCACUCCAAGAACGAUGAGUAUGAUGAUAAUGAGCAUCCACACUGAUGAACGAUAAUUUUCUGUCAAGCAGCACCCUUUCUCUGGGUACGUUGACAUCCUCCUACAGUCCCAAAAACAUGCAUAUCAGGUUAAUUGGCUGCUCUGCAUUGCCCCUGGGUGUGAUUGUCUUUGUUUGUCGACCCUGCGAUUGGCUGGCGACUAGUCCAGGGUGAACCCCGGCUGUCGCCUGUUGUCUGCUGGAUAGGCUCCAGCACCUCCGCCACCCUGCACGGAUAAAGUGAAUUAGAAGAUGUAUGGAUGGAUGCACGAAUGGUGUCGUUCUUGGUGUGGCUGGCUCCUUUAGAACAAUUUUUAAAACAAUAUAUUUAUCUGUCUUGGUGUGGACAAUCAUAACUCAUCAAUAAAGUAUAAGCUGAUGAUUCAUUAACCAAUAAUAAAGAAAAUUACAUACAGCUUAUAACCUCUUUACAAAGGUUGCCUUAUUGAAAAGUGAUACAGAUGUGCAGUAUUCCACUAAGCUGCUAUGUUUUGUUUUUUUCAGGAAAAAGUGCAUUACUGUAGACUUCAGUUAAGUCACUGAAGCAUCACCAUCUUAUCAUCAAAGUGCACACAGAGGACAAAUGAAUGUGCUCUGGAAACAGAUUUAAACACAAGCGUCAAGGUUGUAAAAGUGUCUCUGAGUAUGUUGGGUUGCCAUAAAGCAAACGCACACCUAGGCUGACAUCUUCAAAGUGUCUCGUUCAUGUUAAUUGUUUGAUCAUGUGCACCAGAUGAAAUGCCCCUGUAGCUCUGUCUGUUGAUAAGAGACGAUCGUCGCUGCAAACGUGUUCACGUUUCUCGUUCAGUGUUCCAACAUCUCACCAACUGUCGCUUCACAGAGGGGACAUGUGAGACAAGUUAUUCCCCUGCUCCUCCGCGACAGCCAAGUGCUGAUUUUUCCAAACAAUUUAGUGUAAAGAAGCACGCUCUAUCUUUUCUCCAUUUUAAUAUUUCACAGCGAGCCAGCAGCAGAUCGAGUGAUUGAUUUGGAUGUCUGUUUUUAUGAGAUAAGCUUUUCUGCUUUUAAUCGAGGGAUUAAAAAUGGCUGUCAGCAAAUAGCUUCUGGACCGGCUCCUAGAAGCCUUUUGAUAAAAAUGGACCAGAUUUAUAUAUAUAUAUAUAAAUAAUUUUUUUUAUAUAUAUUUUUUCAACGCGGCUGUCCUUGCAUGUUGUUAAAAUGCAAAGCAGUGUAUAGAAGCAAAAGAUGAAAGAAAAUGGAUGAAAAUUGGAUGAAAAUCAAGUGUCAUAAUGGAAGGAAAAGAGCUUUUCUGUCUGAGCGACACAUUUCUAAAGCCGAACUGCCACAAAACAUUCUCUUGGUAUUUGGGGUCUUGUGAAAAGCGCAGAUGAUAUCAUUUGAAGCUGCUUUAUGCCUUACCCACUCUGAAUAGCAAUUCCAGCCGUACUGGUAGUUCAUGGAUUAAUGACAUUUUCUUUGGCUCACUCUUUUAUCACUGAAUAAAUGGCUCUAAUGAGAAAUGGUUCAAA